UAGUGCUGGUUUGAAUCUGGACUGGAUCUGGUAGGGAAAGGGACCUUGUGAACUGCUUCACCAUGGUCUCAAAAAGAAGACCUUUGCAUCCUACUAAUUCAACUUCAAGAUUGAAUUUUCGACCAAAUGUCGCUGACACACAAAGAACUGAGAGCAAGGGUUCCAAGCCUCUUCCCGAUCCUUCAUCAGUGGUGGAUAUUCUGGUGAUGAUGGUGAUACACGCGUGUAGAAAGGUUGUGUUUGUAAAUACUAAUAUCAAAGUUGCCAUCUAUUUAGGUUGUUUAUUUAUUGUUUCUCUUCUUGCGGAUGUUCUCCCGUUCCCGAGAACAUACUUUUCACGAAAAGACAAUGUUUUCAAUGUGUAUUUCGUGAAGAUAGCAUGGGGCUGGACUUUGAUCCUAACCUUGCCGUUUGCUGUUUUGACUAGCUACACUGUGUGCUGUGGUAAACGUGAAAAAGUUUGGACACAUCUCGUCAGAUUAGGUGUAGCAACGGGAACUUGGUUCUUUUGGGUAAGACUGUUUGUUUUUAUUGAAUCUAUAUACGGCGUUUGUACUGCUAAAGGAGAUAUGUUUCAGACUAAAUCAAUGUGUUUGGCCAAAGGAUACUACUGGCAAGGGUUUGAUUUGUCAGGACAUGCAUUUAUUCUUAUUUACAGUUGUCUUGUGAUUAUUGAAGAAUCGCGUUCUAUCAUAGGAUGGGAAGGUAUAAGGGACAUGAUAAGAAACGAGGAACAUAUUCGAACGACUGAUAAUUUUAGUCCAAGCACUCCAUUAAAAACGCUUUCACCUAAAGAGUUUGACUCAUUAAAACAGUCUUAUGAGACCUUUACGCCCUUCAUCAAAGGUCUUUUUAUUGCAUUGUCUUGUCUAACAGUGUUGUGGGACUUGAUGCUUUUGAGCACAAUGCUCUAUUUUCAUCAUAUGGUGGAAAAAUUCUUAAGCGGUCUCAUUGCGGUUUCCAUGUGGUUUAUUACUUACAGAGUUUGGUAUGCAACUCCUAAAAUUCCACCCGAUUUGCCAGGAGAAGGUAUGUUUAAAUACAAAGAUUUGAAAAAAGUUAAUGAAGUUCCACUUCGAAAGAGGACAUCGCAAGCUAAGGGAGACUUACCAAGAUUUAUGGGAAUGCCUUUGACAGGGUUGAGGAAUCAAGAAAAUGCGGACGAAGCUAAUGGAUCGCCCUCUACCGACAAUGAUGUUGCCACCACAUGAUAGAUACUACAAAUUGGUGCUAUGGUCUGGUUAGUGUUAUCAAAAAUUGUACAAACGAGUCUUAAGAUACCUACACUACUUCAUUUGAGUAACAAAUAGUUGGUAAUUCUGUUGAAGAUUUCAUCCAAAAGAGGUGGAGAAAAUAUUGAUUUUAUCAAUUUUUAUAAUAUUAAAUAUGCAUUAUUUUAUGUAAAUUUUACAUAAUAUCACUUCUGUUUAGUCUUCCUUAUCAAUGAUGGUAGCUAGUCUUUGAUACUGCAAUUGUACUGAUGAUUAUUUUAAAUUAUCAUGCAGGAUGCCUCUAAUAACAUCAAAUCAAAUAAUAGAAGUUUAUAAGAAAUCAAGGUAACAAUUUGAUAAAAAAAGAUAAUAUAAAAAUAAAUUAAUUUCUAUAACAGUUUUUUCUAGUAAAAUUGAGAUAUGUUGUAUAUUGAAUAACUUAAUUGAGUUCUAUGUUGCAUUCAUUUUCUGGGACUAAAGACGAAUGCGGCUAUUUACAAUAUGAGCCUGUGUCUCUCCACAUAUACAUACAUUGUGAUUGUCAUGACUCUCCAUCUCACCAUACUACCAUGAUUAUGUUGUGUCUGAAAUGGAUAUAAGAUUAGAUCAUCUAUCAUGAUUUAUGACAGUUGAUUAAAUGAAAUACGAGAGAAUUUGUGUUGUAACUCUGUAAGUUCAUAUUUACGCUCAACAGGCUGUUCUUAGACCCGAUCUCAACUUUACGGGCUUCUCGGACGCGCUGAAUUUAUUUCGUGAGUCUUCAUGAUGCAUGGCCUCUUAUGGGGAUCGUCUAUUACGCUCGUAUAGUCUACCCCAUGAGAGAGAAUGCAUCCGAAAACUCAGCUCGUCCGUAUAGUCGGGGUUUUGUUAUCACCAAAAUAUAUUCUAAAAAUGAUUGACAAUCUCAUCCUUCCUCUUCGAAUAUUAUAAUAUAACCACACCACUAGGAUCAAUUGGCAGUUUUUGUCAAAAAAUUAUUCAUAAUUUUUUUUCUCAUAUAAAUUUUAGAUUUUUCAACUCAAUCAAAUUCAUUUUUUGAUGAUUUUUUAUCUUGAUCAAAUUCAUUUUUUGUUAUAAAUGAAUCUGCUUUUCUAAUUACAAUCCAACUACCUAUGUGAAAUUGAAAUUAUUAACACGGCGUAGUUUAUAGUAACUUGCUGCUUACAGACUAAGUGCCGGUUGCAUAACAGCAGGUUAAAUUUUAACCGUGAUUAAUUCCACGAGAACCGAUCUGAGAAGCAGUCUUUUCAAAAGCGCCUUCUUUGAUUUGUUCUUGUAAAAUAAUUCACGGUUAAAAUUUAACAUGAUUUUGUGCAACCGGCACUAAGUAUAUUCAUUUUUUAUCAUUCCCACAUGAGCCUUGAGCUUGUGUGUGGGAAAUGUUAAUUCAUUGAUAAGAAUAAAAUGAAAACUUAUUUUUAUCCUGGAAAAUCAUAGAAAACCUCUUCUGUAGCUUUUCAGAAUCAAUAGCAUUUAUAGAAAUAAAUUAAUAUUUUACUUGAUAUUAAAAUUUUCCACUCCACAUUAAGUUUAUUAUGGUUUAGAGAAGAAAUUUAUGACUAUCACUACAUACGGUUAAAUACUCAUGUAGAUUAAUUAUAUUGGAUUUCAUCCACAUCGCAAUCAAAACUAUUGACCAUUAAUAUAUUUAAAGGCGAUUGUAUUUUUAAUUGUUGGUAGAUUGUGUGAAAAAUAGUUAUCAGAUUAAAAAUUAAAAAAUAUAUAUUUGAAUUCGAGUUUUAGGUUCUUAUAAUUUGUGUAAUGUUGAAUAUGCAAUAUGAUUAAAUUUUUUCUAUCAUAGUUGAUCGAUGGGAAUUUAUUGUGUGGCUUCUUUUUAAUGGGUGACUAGAAAUAAUUGUUUGUGCAAUGUGUUCACUGGAAAGGACAGCUCAAAAGCUGUUGUAAACGAAUUUAAAAUAGACUAUAUAUAAUUAAAAAAUAUAUUUGCUUCUGUAAAAAUGAUAAAAUCUUGUUUUCUACCAAUUUGUGAUUUAAUAAAGUUUCAAGUUUAAUUUAUUUAAGGUUCAUAGCUAACAGUUUUUAGGGUGUUUUCAAGAUGAUAGCUGAUUAGCAUACAACUUGAUCAAGAAAAAAAAUCGAAGUAUCCUUUAAAAAAAGAAAUACUCACAUGUUACAAUAUUGAUGUCAUUUUCAAGUGAUUCUGAAAAUGACAUCAAUUGAAACAUGUGAGUAAAUUUAAUAAAAGGUACUUAGAUUUUUUUAUUUCUUGAUAGCCUAACUAAUUAAGAGUAGCCCUAACAAAAAAGUUAGUAUAAUACCUAUCAAUGUAAUAAGAUUUCCUUCUUAUAAAAUUGGUCUUUCAUAGAUGUGCCUAAAUCUAUAUAUUUAAUACAGAAAACUUUGUAGUAUGGAGUGCAGUCGUUUGGAAGUAUGUGUUAAAAUUUAAAAAUGUAUUAGAUUUCAAUUUUAAAAUUUUUUCUUAUUGUAAACCAAUAUUUACUAUUACAGUUAUUUAUUAUUUUUACUAUUUACUGAAUAUUGUGAACCAAUAUUUAGGUUAAUCGUUCUUUACUUGUAUUUUUUUUUAAUAUCUUAUCAGAAUGGUUGUUGUUUUAAGAUAGUAUUCUAAGUAUAACGAGAUUUCAUAUUAUGUAAAAAAUUGUUUAAUUAAUAGAAACGCAACAAUAAUAUUGCCAAAGACAAUUACAUCUACGCUUUGAUUAAAGUCUAUGUAAGAUGUGAAUUAGCUUGAAAAUUCGUCAGUGGAAUUUCCGUAUUUGUUUUUUUCCAAUAAUCAAUAAUGAAUCACGGAGUUGAAGACUGUUAGCUUGAAAAUUCGUCAGUGGAAUUACCGUAUUUUUUUCAAUAAUCAAUAAUGAAUUACAGAGUUGAAGAUUGAUAGAAGCGAAAUAACAGAUAAUCAUGAACAUAAAUGAUAUUCAUCCGUCAAAACUUGUCAAUUUUUUAUGUUUUAUUAUGUUCAAUCUAUCUCUAAUUUGCAAUUCGCU